UACAUAAAUGCAACCACUUGUAAAUGCAUUUAUUUGUAAUGAUAAUAAAAGAGUACAGUAUCCAUACAUUAAAAAUGUAUAUUAAUAUCCAAUACUUUGCUGAGUUCGGUCGGGUUUCCCGACGAUGUCAAUAAGUUGUCAGCAUAAGCUACUGUACUGUGUUCAGUCAUGGCAGAAGGCCCAGAUCAGAGUGGACCAGGUGAAGAUCAUCUUGCGUUCACCAUCAACAUACGCAUCAGCCAACACCAAGACACACUUACGCUGGGUGUGUUGUUUGUUGUGCCAGGACAAAGCCUUAAAGUAACUUGUGAUGAUGAAAAUAUUGCAGAUGUGACCAUUGAUAUUGGCCGCAUAAGAUACAUUCACAGGGAGGUGAGGGAUACUAGUCCUACAUCCUUCUGGCAUGCUUCACCUUUCAUUAUUUCUUACUGCGAUGAGGAUGGAAUGGUGAAUAAUAUAUUUUUUAACAUGACAGAUACAAGUCGAGAAGAAACUUGCUUGUCAUGUCUGAAUGCUCUCAGGGGUAUUUUAAGAGCAAAAUAUGCUCACACUGGUGAAGAAACAGUGGACCAGAUCCUGAUGAUUUUGAACUAUCAGCCUUUGUUUAUUGGACAAGUCUACACCACGGUCAGCUCAGUUGGGGACAACCAAGGCAAUGUUGUAGAGGGUGCAGAAGCUUUGAAUGGGUUUGAGCCCCUGCGUGGGAAAGUGCUGCUUGUGAUGGAUAAAGAGGGAAUCUACCUGUAUGAAUCUUCCAUGUUGGUCCCUAAAUAUCGUCUCAUGUUCUGGUCAAUUGCUAACCCUGACAGCAUUGAGAGGGUCAAACUGACCUGUGACCCCACCACACAGGCCAACCGCAUCUCCCUCUUCACCAGGACGCACUCCUUCGAACUGGUGACUGAUCGGACCCUGGUAGACCAUAUUGAGAACACGAGGCCCAUAAAACAGCAUUUGUUGAGAGAUGUUGAAAUUCUGGUGAGCUCACUGCGGGAGCUGCAACCACGCCGAGGGGUGGAAGCUUCUGGGGACCAACCUCCCAGGCCCCACCAGUACCAGGCAUCUAGCAUUACACCAGUGAGACAUCAAUGGGAAUAUCAGGCAGACAAGUAUGUGGCAGACAGGAAUGAAGCCACCAAGCUGGAUGGCGAGUUGCAGAGUGCACUAGACCAGUUUGUCGGUAAUGAGGAGACAGAGAUGAUGUGGCUGGCCCUCGCCUUUGACCUCGAAGAGAUACAGUCCGAUGGCAAGAUUCCCCUCUCUGAUCAUCGCAGUGGUGGUUUGGACCCAGAUAAUGCAGAACAUUUGCAGAGAGCCUUAGAUGAUGUAGCUGAUCAGCUGAAAUCCAGACAGCUUGAGGUGGCGUUAUCCCGAAUCCAGUCCUGUCGGGAACUGUUCGGGGAGAGCAAACUGCUGGAGAUAUCGGCCAUCUUCAGGAACAAUGACGACACUGAACUGCUCAAAAAGAUCUACUUCAGGUCACUGUGUGCAUAGGUGAAAUCAAAACACCUGAAAUACAGGAGAUAAGGAUAAAUGCAGAAAAGGAACAUUUUUUAUUAACUACAUGAACAUGUCAUUCUGUUUGGGAACAAAUCAAGUUUAACAUAUUCUAUUUAAGUCUGCAUUCAUUACUCAUAAGGCAUAUAUACUUUUAUUAUAAAAAAAAGACACCGUAUAUUCUGCAGGGACCGAUUUUUCAAACAUCUUAAGUCUGUUAUAACACAAUUAAGCUAAGCUCACUAUUUUUUUCUAUAAUUUGUGAAAUAUUUGCUAUUUUCAAGUAUUUUCACUGUAAUCUGAAGGUAGCUGUCUGAUAAUCAUGAAAAGGAAAGUUUUAUUUAUCAAGUUCAUUUUAAAAUUAGAAAUUUUGCUGAACAAAAAAAGCUACUUAAUUCUGUGAAACUUUUGAGGAAUCAGGGCCUCAAAUAUUUGUAGAAAAUUCUCAAUGUGCUUUAUUACUAGUUUAGUUGUGAUAUUUACUGAAAAAUGCAUCUUAUUCACUUCAUUUAUUGUUAUUGCUAUAGUUUGUUAUUUUGUUUUGGAAAUCAUCCUUUCAUUAUCAUUUAUGCAAGAGAAAAAUGUCAAUGAAAUACCAUAAAUCUUUGAACUAAGUUUAAGUAUUAGGAAAGUAUUUCAUUUUUCAUAAAAUUUGUUCAGUGCUUUUUCAUUUUUUUUUCAUUUUAGGUUUUUGUUUGAAUGACAAACAUGCUGUAUAUUGACGUUGAGCUUCAAACCUUUUAGCACUUAAUUUAACCACUAUAGCUUUGUUAAGUGCAAAACUUUUAACGUUGGCCAUAUUUCAAAAAGUGGUCAUGAUAUUCAUAUGAAACUUGGUACACAUGUUGUGAGAAACAAAACACAGAUCUGUACAUGUAGCAAGGCCCAUAACACUGGCUUUUAUAAUUUUUAAGUUUUGAACCCCUUAUUUGUGUUUAUAUUUUAGUGAAGAAUUGAAUCCCUUCUAUGUGUAGACAUCAGUGUGAAUAAUUAAACACCUUCUAUCUGUAGACCUCAGUGUGAAGAAUUGAACCCCUUCUAUGUGUAAACCCCUGAGUGAAAUAUCAAACCCCUUCUUUGUUUAAACCUCAGUGUGAAGGAUUAAACCCCUUCUGUGUGUUAACCUCUGUGUGAAGAAUUGAACUCCUUUCUGGAAACAUUUAUGUGAAGAAUUGUACCUUUUCUUUGUGUUGGCCACUGUUGGAAGAAAUGAAUCCUUUUUGUGUUAACCCCUCUGUGAAGAAUUGAACCCUCUUCUUUGUGUUAACCUCUGUGUGAAGAAUUGAACCCCUUCUUUGUGUAAACCUCUGUGUAAAGAGGUGAACCUCUUCUUUGUGUAAACCUCUGUGUGAAGAACUGAACCCCUUCUAUGUGUAAACCUCUGAACCCCUUCUUUGUGUUAACCUCUGUGUAAAGAGGUGGACCUCUUCUUUGUGUAAACCUCUGUGUGAAGAACUGAACCCCUUCUAUGUGUAAAUCUCCAUGUGAAGAACUUAAACCCUUAUAUGUGUAAAUGUGAAAAACUGAACCCCUUCUUUGUGUUAACCUCUGUGUGAAGAGAUGAACACAUUUUUGUGUAAACCUCAGUGUGAAGAACCAAACCCCUUCUUUGUGUAAACCUCUGUGUGAAGAGAUGAACCCAUUUUUUGUAUAAACCUCCAUGUGAAGAACUGAAACCCUUAUAUUUGUAAACGUCCGAGUGAAGAACUGAACCCCUUCUUUGUGUAAACCUCAUUGUGAAGAAUUGAACCCCUUCUUUGUGUAAACCUCUGUGUGAAGAAUUGAACCCCUUCGAUAUGGUUUUGUACAUAUCAAUAAUCAUAUGUACAGUAUUAAAGCUUAAUACUGUCUCAAGUUUGAUGCUUUCUGUGAUCCUCUAUUUUUAUCCGACCUUAAUGUAAAAUCAGGCCAUAUUAUAUGGAACUGUUGUUUUUUUAUUUGAAUGUUGUUUUUUUGUGUGUUUAGAUUUGCUAUGUUGAUUUCAAUUUAAUUUUAAUUAGAGGCCAAAUGUAUGUGGUUUAUAAGUUAAAUCUGUUGUAACUCGAUGUUUAGACAUUUUUUUAACAUAUUACUUGUUGAUGGGCUCAUCAUUUAGAUCAAAGGAAUUGGCAGUUAUCAAUAUUUUUAGGUUACCAAAAUUAUGUUAAAUGGUUAUUAGACAAAGACUAUGUUAUGAUUUUAAUUCAAGAAUUAAAAUUUCUUAGUUAUUGAAGUUCUCAUGAAUUUGCUGUUUCAGAUUCAUAUGUGAUGUUCUUAUUAUACACAACAUAAUUAUGUGUACAUGUACUUCUAUUUUACUGUGUUCAGGAUUGUUUAAGUUCCUUCCGUAUUGUGUAUUCUUGUGUGCAGGUGUGUGUGUAGUGAGGAACAAAAUCUAGGGACAGUUUUACACAACCUCUUACUAGUUAUAAAAAAUUUCUCCUGUAGCAAGUUUCAAUUAAGGAUUAUUGUCGUACUUUCAAAAACCUUAAACCUGUAUAAAUGUCAUAAAUGGCAACAUUUUUAUAUUUUUUUAUUUUCUCAACUCUGUGGUCUUUUUAAAUACUGGUUAAAGACCAGUUCACUCAAAAAUGUAGAUAAUUAUGAAAUUAUGACACUAAGAUCAUUUUAAUGUACGACUUAAACCAACUAAAAUCCUUUUUGAAACCCUAACCCUAUUUUUACCAAGAAAUAAAAGUAGUAUGUCCUAUUAAGCAUUACAGUAUGCAAAUAUUAAGCAUUACAGUAUGCAAAUAUUAAGUAGGGCAGUAUGCAAAUUUUUAGUAAAACAGUAUGCAAAUAAAAUUAUUGAAAGAACAGUAUACAAAUAUUGUCAGAGUAAACCAGAAUGCAAAUAUUAAGUAGGACAGUAUGCAAAUAUUGGGUAAACCAGUAUGCAAAUAUUAAGUAGGACAGUAUGCAAAUAUUGAGUAGGACAGUAUGCAAAUAUUAAUGUAGGACAGUAUGCAAAUAUUAGGUUGAAGGGUAUGCAAAUAUUAGGUAGGACAGUAUGCAAAUUUUAAGUAGGACAGUAAACAAAUAUUAGGUAGGACAAUUUUUACCUAAAAGAGUUUCAAGAGUUUUAAGAUAUUCACAUAUAUCCUGGGUUUGUCUGAGUUUUACUGUUAUGUGCCAUAACCAUGUCCAUUUUUAGCUUUGUCUAUUUUAUUGUUAUGAUGGUUUGCAAUUUGUAUUAGUUAUAUACCUUAGCUAAGGGGAAUUGCAAUAGUCACUGUUAUAUUUUUAAUCAGAAAAUCAAUAAAUGAUUUAAGGGGACUGACCUUGACCUGGUUCUGUUAAUCUGAUUUUUAAGUUAUUUAUCAUAAUUGAAUUAUAUUUUGAGACAAAAAAGCAUAAAGACAUUCAAUGUCAGACAAUGUAUUGCGCGUUAUACUUUACAGUAUGAGUUGUGUCUCAGUAAAUUGUAGACAUUUUACAUAUUAUCUACAUAUGAUGUACAAAUACACUGUAACUUACCAGAUCUGAUAAGCCAUCUUUUCACUUACAUAUAUUUUCUUUAUAUGACGCACAAAUACACUAGACUAAGAAGAUGUGAUUAGAAAUCUUUUUCACUUACGUGUUAAGCAGUUAAGCUCACAGAAAUAAAAAUGCAUUCAAAACAUUUAACUUAACAUGGAUACAUGAAUAUAUUCACGGAGCACAGAGCAUAGAAUAUUGAAUGGACAUACAAAUGUCAUUCAAUUUUUCUAUCCAGCAAAAAUAACUCUUUGAGAUAUAUUUAUAAUUUGAAGUCAAAGCUUGAGGCAGGCUGAUAUUAGAUUAAGUUUAUGCAGCUCCAGUAAAUAUUCCCAAGUUGGGUAACCCAACCAUGGUGUUUGCACAAUGCCACUGCUCAACUUCUAUGUUUCCAAAUAUAGAUAAGCUCAUAAAGAUGCUGUGGUUGACACUGCUCGACGGCUAUGUUUCCAAAUAUAAAUAAGCUUAUAUAGGUGCUAUGCUGUCCAGAUCAUGAGUAUAAUUAUCAUCAUGAAACAUGCAACUCGGAAACUGACAAACAGUAACUCAAUAAUAUAACAACUAAAUUGACUAAAAUAUAUCAAACUUUUUAGGGAUGUACCGGAUAUUGUCUGUUGUAAGAAAAACUUUCAGGAAAUGCACAGUUAAGACAUGUUUUAUGCAAGUGUGCUUCAUUGCUGCUAUAUCUAGUUUUAUGGUACUACAUAUACCUAAUAUUAAGAUGUUUCAAUUUACUGACUUUUUAGAAGAUGUAAAAAUGACAUGUUUCUGAAAAUUUGAAUAAACCAUGUUUGUUUAUUUUAUUGCAAUAACUAGAUUCUAUGAUACACUGAGGAAUGCCUUUUAUAUAUCAAAUAAGGAUAGACAAGGCUAAAUAAUAAGCAUUUUGUUGACAAUUUUGAUUAUGUUGUGCAUACACAUUGGGCCGAUUGUUAAGAACUUUGUUAAUGUGAACAAGUUUGUUAUCACCAUCGUUGUUAAGUUUCAAAUCUUCAUUGCUCUGGACAUUUUAUGGACAUUUGUGAUCUGCAGUAUUUGUAACAAAAUUAUUGAAUUUUUUUAUAUAUGAGCAUAUCAUGAAACAUGACUUUCAAAACAAUGUCGUCAUUCAAUGUCGUCAUUCAUAUUGCUAACUAUAACAAAGUUCUGCACAGUUGGCCAAAUCAUGAAAGUCAAAUCCUUUUACUGUGAUAAUUUGCCAUUAAAUCUUUUUUUUUUUUUUUUAAAUAUCACCUUUUUUAGCAAUUUUCUAUUCACUGACCUUUCAUCCAUAUUUUUUAAAUCAGGAUAUGUAUACAAUUCAUAUAUUGAUGUAUUUUUCAAUAUUUUGUAUUUUAACAAUUGACAAUCACUCUGUUUGGUCAAAGCUAUUUACCUGACAAAACUAUUAUUUAUCAAUUGUGUCAAUUGUCAAAUAAUGUUAACAUUCUGAAAGAGGUCAUUGUGAGUAUCAACUUGAAUGAUUAUUUUCUGAUAAAGCUUACCUGACAUAAUUUUGACAGGUAAAAGCGUUUGAAUGUAUCAAUAACACAUUGUGCAAUUGUAUGGUCAACCAUACCCAUAUAAGUGAGAGAUUGUCAUACCUGAGUGUUUCAUUGGAUUUUCAAUAAAACUAGAAAUUAA